CAGUAAUCAGAGAGAAGCAACAAGAGGCAGAGAUCAAUUUAGAUCAAUUUAGGGCAGACUCUCUCAGUUAAAAGGAACAUGGGGACUGGUCAAUCAUCUGCACUGGAAGCAGCUUCCAGACACAUCCAAACAGCCUCCAUUGUCAUCUACUGCUUGAUAAUUAUACUUGGAACUCUGGGCAACGGGCUGGUCAUCUAUGUGACAGGCUUCAAGAUGAAGAAAACAGUCAAUUCAGUUUGGUUUCUCAACCUGGCCAUAGCUGACUUCCUCUUCACGGCUUUCCUGAUUUUCUCAGUCAUUUCUCUCUCUCAGAAUCACCAGUGGCCUUUUGGAGAAUUCAUGUGCAAGCUCAACACUUUUGUGAGUGUAGUCAACAUGUUUGCCAGUAUCUUCACUCUGACAGCCAUGAGUCUGGAUCGUUGCUUGUCCAUCUGGGUGGUGGUGUGGGCACACAACAAGCGCACAGUCUGCAAAGCUCGCCUCUUAUCAGCUGGUAUCUGGGUGACUGCUACUGUCUGCAGCGCACCUUAUGCCACCUUUCGCACUGUUUUGGAGCAUAAUGGGUCAAGAUUCUGUGGUUAUUCUACAAACAUGACACACAUACAAAAAUGGAGUCUCUAUAUUUUCCGCUUUGUUAUGGGCUUUGUGAUCCCAUUCCUGGUAAUAUUUGCCUCUUAUGUGGCCAUAGGUAUCCGUGUAAUGCACAUACAGAAAACAAGGAAACAAAGAUCUCGACGAAUAAUUUUUGCCAUUAUUUUUGCAUUCUUCAUCUGCUGGCUGCCCUUCCAUGUUUUCAAUUUUAUAGAAUUGAAGGCUAGGACUAACCCAGACCUCUGGGGCAUUGUUAGAAUUAUGGGUCCCCUGACUGUGUGUCUGGCUUUUCUAAACAGCUGCCUGAACCCCAUCCUCUAUGUUUUCACGUGUGAUGAAUUCCAGAAGAAGCUUCGGCAGUCCAUUUGUGGUGUACUAGAGAGUGCCCUGGCAGAGGACCAUGUGUCAUUUAUUUCAAGUCACUACAUGUCAUCAAAUUUUUCGAAGAAUUCUCAAAAGUCUGAAACUAAUGUAACUUUAGAGAGGAUAGACCCAGUCAUUUAUGAAAACAUCCCAGAAAGCAAAGUGAUCAUCACUGAGGAGACACCAAUCACUAAAUAAGUCCUCAACAACAGGCAAUGUAACGUUGAAUUCAUCACUUGUUAAUGCACAAAAUUCAUCUCAAAUUAUUUCAUUGAGCACAUUAAUCCAUAGAAAUAUAAAAUGCCUCUGUGUUAAUAUGGCACUUGUUUAAUGUUAAAGCGCAGAUUUAUCUAUAUAUAUAUAUAUUUUUUUUUUUUCUCUUACUAUCACGGGGGAUGUGAGCAAGAAAGAGAAGUUGCAAGUUGUCUAUCUGUAGAAGACAGAGAGGUCAGAACUUUCUAUCAAUCAGAGUAAUUGAAAUGUUAUGUUGUGUUGCAGCGUUUGGUUGUAAUUAUUUAUUCCUUGAUUUUAAAACA